AUGGAGGUUCGCGCAGUGGACGGCUGCCCACUGCCAGCGGCAAAGCCUGGACUUUGCAUCCGGCCGAAACCCCGCAGCCGCAGUGCAGGGAAUGACGAGGCUUGCCUUCCGUCCAGAGGCUGGCGCUGCCACAGGCGCGCCUCUCGCCGGUCUUCCUCCCGCAAGCGCUCCCGCGAGCCCUCGGACCCCCAGCAGCGUGCCUUGGUGAGCGACAUGUUGCGGGAGGAGACGGAAGAGGGCAUCCUGCGAGGAGUGGAGCAGCUUCGUAAGCAGAACUUCUUGUCCAGCGUCCAUGACUACACCAGUGUGGUCAUCGCCUUCUCUCGCAAGCACUAUUGGGAACGGGCUUGUGAUGUCCUUUCGGAGAUGCACUCCCGCAGUCUGGCAGCAAAGCCGGUGGCCUACAACAACGCCAUGAAUGCUUGCUUAAGCAGGGAGAACUGGCAGCAGCCGCUCCGCCUCCUUCGAGAGAUGCGAGAGCUGGCGGUGCCUUGCGACUUGUUCUCCUACACCAAUGCCCUCACUGCCUCUGGCCGCAUGGGCAUGUGGCAGGAGGCACUGCGGCUUCUCUGGAAGAUGGUGGGAGACAAAGUGGCUCCCGACAUCGUCGCCUUCAACGCCGCCUUGGCCGCCUGCGAGAGCGCAGGGCGCUGGCAGUGGUCCCUUCAGCUCACGAAGGCCUUGGGCCAAGCCAAGCUGCAGCCAGACGACGUGACUUACCGAUCGAUCACGAGAGUGCUGGAGGCCGCAGAGCAGCAGCUGAGAGAGCUACGCCUGGGGUUGCCCUCACGCUUGAGUCCAGAAGGGCCCUCGCGUCAAGGACCCGUGCAGUUGCACUACUGCCUCGUGCAGUGCGAUGAGCAGGGCUUGGAAGGCUGGUCGCUGGCAGCCGGCAGCAAGCAUCGGCGCUGGGACACCCUCUUGCUCGGGCUGCUACAGUGCUUCAUGAUGGAUGGACAGUGGCUGCGAAAUGUAGCUGCAUCCCUUUUCGUGGGCCCGGAUGCCGUCCAUGCUACCGGAGCCUUGCAACCCCUAGUGAUGACGGUGCUGGGCCAGGGUCAAGAUGGUCGGCCCUUUUACCAGCCGGCCACCCUGAAAGCUUUCGAGGAAGCACUAUGGAGGCGACGUGGCCAGGACGCGGAAGGUCUCUGCUGGCAGCGUGCGCCGCGGCGUCCGAAGACCCGGCUCGAAGCCCAAGGCGCCUAG